AUGAUAAAUGGUCGAAAAAAUAAAAAUAUAAAAACCAAAAACUAUGUAAUAAAUGUUAAUUGCUAUACAUGGAUAAAUAAUAACCAUGGAUUAUUCGAUUAUGAAAGUGACAAUUUUUAUAAAAAAUGCUUUAAAAUAAAAUGCUUAUAUAAUUAUUAUUAUAUAUUAAAAGACGAUAUAAAUCUGGAGAUAAAAAAUGAAGAAGAAAUAAAUAAAAUAUCGUUAAAUAAUACAAAUUUAAAAGUAAUAUGUAAAAUCAAAUAUACAAAUAAUAAUUACCAGUUAAUUCCAUGCAUUGAAAAUUUAUACGAUGAGAGAAAUGAUAAUAAAAAUGAUGCUGAAGAAAACGAAUCAAAUGAGCAGAAUGAAGCAAAUAAAUUCUGGAUUAUUGUUAAAUAUUUAAAAAAUAAAACAUCAAUAUUGCAUGAAAAUGAUAUAAUAAAACUAGGAAGAGUUAAAUUAAAAGUUAAAAAAAUCAUAACUAAUAUUCAACAAGAAAAAGAAUAUAACAAAUCUUUAUCUCCAUUUGAUGAAGAUGAAUGCGAAACAGCUGCACCUGAUCUAGAACAUUUUUCAAGAAUUAAUAAUGAUGGGAUACUUGAAGGGGGAAUGGCAGAUGUAAAUAUCAUGUCUAAUCAUUUUGUAAGUGGAACUAUUAAUCAAAAUAUGCAAUUUGGUGAUAAUAAUACUCCCGACAAAGAUAUUUGUAUUAAAUAUGGUACAUUAAAUGAUAAUUUUGAUUCCAGUUCAUAUGCUUUAUAUAAUGAUAUAAAUGAUUCUGAAAAAAAUGAACUUGAUAAUAAUAAUAAUAGCAACAUUAUUAUUCGUUCAGAAAAUUAUUCUAUGUGUUGUUAUGAAAAUAAUAAAGGGAAUGAAAAUGAUAAAAGAGAAGAUAACAUAUAUAUAUCUGGUCAUAAUUAUAUGCUUAAAAAUAAUACACCAAAUGAACUAACAAUUGAUACAAGAAUCAAAAUAAACAAUACAAUGGGGUCCCCUAUAAAUAACACACAAAACGAAGUUAAUAUAAUAACUGAAAAAAAUAAUAUUCCUUCAAAAUUAAUAGACUCUGAUUAUUCAUAUGACAAUUUUUACUCAAAUAUAAAAAACAAUGAUAAUAAUAAAAUUCCAAAAGUUGAACACGGGAGGAAUAUAAGUAAUAAUUUUGAUAAUAACAAUACAUUUUUGAAAAAAUAUGAUGAAAAAAAUUAUUCAAUUCAUUUAAAAGAUCAAAAAAAUGGGGAUAAUAAUUGUGAUGGUAAUAAUAAUAUAUGUGAAAAAAAAGACGAUACACUAUGCCCUCAUAGAAAUAAUGAAAAUAAUAAAGAAAAAGAAAAUUCGAAAGCAGUUAAAUUUAGUAAUGUCGACCAAAAUGAAAACUUUGAAAAUAAUAAAAAUAAACUUAAUGAGGAUAAAAAAAAUGCAAAUGUUGAUGUGGUAAAUCGUAUUAAUAUACCUGAUGAAACAACUAAAUCAAAUUUUGUUAAUUAUACUUCCAAUAUGCUUGAAAAAGAAAUUGAUGAUAGUAUAUAUGAUAAUGAUGAUGAUUAUAGUAUUUACGAUUAUAACAUGAAUAGCAAAAAUUCCAUAAAUGGUAAUAUGAGAAAUGGGCAAACUGGUAAUGAUGUGAAUUUGUGUAAAGGCAAUUUGCAAGGAAAUACAAACAAUAAUAGUAAUAAUAUAUAUGAUAAUACAAUAGAUAAAAUGAAAGAAGGAAUGAAAAAUUCAUCAUAUAAUACAUUAAAUAUAAAUACAAUGAAUUGUGGAAUACCAAGUUUGUAUAAUUGUAGAAUAUGCUUAUGUGAAUAUGAAAAUGAAGGUAAUCCUUUAAUAUCACCUUGUAAAUGUAAAGGUUCAAUGAAAUAUAUACAUUUAAAUUGUUUACGUACAUGGAUGAAAGGAAGAUUAAAUGUAAGAAGUGAUGGUGACUCUACUGUUUCUUUUUUUUGGAAACAAUUAAGUUGCGAAUUAUGUAAAUUUCCAUAUCCAACAUAUAUAUAUGUACAAAAUAAAUAUUUAGAAUUAUAUGAAAUACCGAAACCUGAAUUACCAUAUAUGAUUAUAGAAUUAUUAAAUGAUAAAAGUAAAGGUUUUUAUAUUGUUAGUUUAGCUAAUGCAAAAUCUGCUCGAAUGGGAAGAGGGCAUGAUAGUGAUGUUAGGAUAAAUGAUAUAUCUGUUUCGAGAUUUCAUGCACUUAUUAAAUUUUUAAAUGGAAAUUUUUAUAUAGAAGAUUGUAAAAGUAAAUUUGGGACAUUAAUCCAAAUUAGAAGACCUGUUUUUUUUAAUAUUCGAAGAAGUAAAUUUAUAGCCUUACAAAUUGGAAGAACUGUAAUGUAUAUAUAUAUGAAAAGAAAAAAUUGGAUGUUCUUUCCCAUUUGUUUAAAACUCCCAAGAACUAAGGAUGAUGAUGUUAGUGCUUUGGACAACUUUUCUUCAAAAUUGCUUGUAGAUAAUAGUUUGAAUAUUUCCAACAAUAAUUUUGAGUAUAAUUUGGUGUAUAAUCCUAGUGAAAAUGAUCCAAGCGAAGGCGAUCAAAAUCCCAACGGAAAUUGUGGCGAAAAUCGUGAGCAGAAUGAUGCCAAUCAAACUCAUCCUCACAAUUCACCUAAUAAUAGUAUCAAUGUUGGAAUAAAUCUUAACAGCACUGGAAGUAUUCAUAAUACUACAGUCAAUGAUAUGCCAACAAAUCAAAGUAACGAAAUAAACGGCCAGAAUAAUUGCAAAAAUGAUGAAAGUAAUAAUUCAGCUAGUAAAAAUGCUAUGAAUCGAAAUAAUUCAAAAAACUGCUAUUAA